AUGGCAGAUCUGGACGAGUUCGACGAAGCAGAACGAGCCUUCGAGAACCAGUAUGAGAAAGUCGAACCCUCCUUGUUGGGUGAGGGCACGUACGGCAAGGUCUUCAAAGCUAGAUCGAUUCGCACCGGCGAGCUGGUGGCCAUGAAGCAAAUGAAGAUCGAAAGCACGGAGGAUGGAAUGCCUGGCACUGCCCUGCGCGAAAUCGCUCUUCUGAAGGAGCUCAGGGAUCACGAGAACAUUGUGCGGCUCAUCAAUAUCUUCUACAAGCCCAACAAGUUGGUGCUGGUCUUUGAAUACGUGGAGAACGACCUCAAGAAGUACAUGCGCGCCUUGGAGGGUCCGCUAAGCCCGGCGAUGGUCAAGAAGUUUGCGUGGCAGCUCCUGCGCGGAGUGGAAUUUUGCCAUGCAAGCAGGAUUCUGCAUCGUGAUCUCAAACCUCAGAACCUCUUGAUCGACCAGAGAUUGCGCUUGAAGAUCGCAGACUUUGGGUUGGCACGACCAUUUCGGGUGCCCCUUGGCGAGUACACUCACGAGGUCGUCACAGUCUGGUACCGCCCCCCCGAGAUCUUGCUCGGCAGCCAAAUGUCGGGGCAAGCAAAUCUGCACAGCAGUGCCACAAAGAGGUCGUGGCUUUGCCCGGAGGAGUAG